AUGGUUUUGCAACAGCUUAAGCAGGAGCUAGCCUCAGCCCAAAAUAGGAUGAGGCAGUAUGCGGACAAGAAAAGAAGUGAGAGAGAGUUUGAAGUGGGAGAAAGAGUGUAUCUCAGAUUGAAGUACCCUCAUCUGAAGAUCCUUACCCAAGGACCGGUGUCCAAAUUGAGCCCCAAAUACUUCGGUCCCUAUCCCAUCCUGGCUCGGGUCGGGAAGGUGGCAUACCGACUACAACUUCCCCAGGGAACCCACAUUCACCCAGUUUUCCAUGUUUCAUUAUUGAAGAAAUUAGCUGGGACUGAGCCAGUGGAUACUGCACUGCCCACCAAUCCAAAGGAGAAGGAGAUUUCGAAGAAGCCUGAGGCCAUUCUCGACAAAAGAGUUAUCUACCGCCAGCUGUAUCAGUUUGUUAGAAAGAAUAUUCCAAAAGCAGCUCAGGUGUAA